CGCUUGCUUGCAUGCGUGUACGAGUUGUGGGUGUUGGAGAGCAAGGGAGGAGGUAGAGGGAUGAAGAGGUGAGGGAGAGAUUGUCCAGGGAUCGAAGACAGCUGCGAGAUGUGUGGUUCAGGACCAUCUCCAGUUAGAAUCCAUCAGCCUACGUCACCCUGUGCUGUAACCUGGGUGAUAUAGACCAUCCACACUCUCUCUCUCACACACACACACAGGCACGCUUGUACCAUCUCAGCUCACCUCUCUCUCACGCACACACCCCAGUCUCUGAGACCCGGGCAUCUCUCUCUGACCAUGGACGUGUCAGCGCUGGGCAGUGGGAGCAGCUGUUCAGAGGAUUGUGUGCUAGGGUCUGGCUGUCUGGAGGACUGUGGGAACCAGAGUGACCAGACUGACUGGGAAUGGGAGGACUUCAGUGGGGCUGAGCUGGUGUGUGUGACAGCCGUGUGUGUGCUGCUGCUGGCCCUGGGCAUCACGGGAAAUAUGUUAACCAUCCUGGUAGUUUGGCUCCGGCCACACCUGAGAAGCACCACCUACCUCUACCUGAGUAGUAUGGCCGUCUCCGACCUCCUCAUACUGCUUCUGAUGCCUUUAGAUCUGUACUACAAGCUGUGGAGGUUCCGGCCCUGGGAUCUGGGUGAUGCAGUGUGUAAGCUGAGUGUGUUCAUCAGUGAGAGUUGUACCUACUCCUCCAUCCUCCACAUCACCGCCCUUUCUCUGGAGCGCUACCUCGCUGUCUGUCGACCACUCACAGCCAAGACCCUGGUCACACGGACCCGCGUCCGCACUCUCAUUGGUUGCCUGUGGGUUGUGGCCGUGAUCAGCGCCGGGCCGGUGUUUGCUAUAGUAGGGGUAGAGGAGCUGGGGGGAGGGGAGGGGGAGAGCGAGUGUCGCUGUACGGACUACGCCGUCUCCUCAGGCCUGCUGGGGGCCAUGAUGUGGCUCUCCAACCUCUACUUCCUGGUGCCGCUGGGCAUUCUGGGAGUUGUGUAUGGUCUGAUCGGCAGGAAGCUUUGGCUCCGCCCACAACGCAGCAGCCGAGACCGCGCCCAGCGACACACCAUCAAGAUGCUCGGGAUGAUCGUGCUGGCGUUUGUUCUGUGUUGGCUGCCGUUCCACGUUGGUCGGACGUUGUUCUCUGUGACUCUGGGCUCCAGCGCUGAUAUGUACUACAUCUCUCAGUACUUUAACCUGGUCUCCUUUGUGUUGUUCUACCUCAGUGCUGCUGUCAACCCUAUCCUCUACAACACCAUGUCAGCACGCUACCGCCACGCUGUCCGCAGCCUGCUGCGCUCACACACACCCCGCUCCCACCACCCCCCACCCACGCCACAACACUCUACCACCACCCUGUAACUCACACACACCCCGCUCCCACCACCCCCCACUCACCUCAC